CGAGGUGGCCGCGGGCGCGGCGGGGCGGGGCGCGCUUUGCCCCUGCCCACGGGAGUGCCGGGGAGGUGGGCAGGGCCGGGGCGGGGGCGAGGCCGGAGGAGGGCGCGUCGGCGCCUUGGUGAGGAUGGGAGUCCCGGGGACCCGGAGCUGAGCGACCCAGCGCACGGCGGGAGGGCGAGCCCGAGGAAGGCGAGCCUCGCUGUUCCUCCGGGAGCCCAACACCGUUCCCGCGCCGCCACGAUGAUCCCUCCGAGCGGUGCCCGAGAGGACGGCGUGGACGGGCUGCCCAAGGAGGCGGCGAGCGCCGAGCAGCCACCCUCUCCUGCAUCCACCAGCAGCCAGGAAUCCAAGCUCCAGAAACUAAAACGAUCACUUUCUUUCAAGACCAAGAGUUUACGGAGCAAAAGUGCUGACAACUUCUUCCAGCGAACCAGCAGCGACGUGAAGCUGCAGGCGGACAUGCUGGCUGAGGUCAGCCCCAGCUCCAGCCCACUCCCGGCUCCGGGAAGCCUGACGUCCACGCCCACCAGGGCUGGCCUGCACCCAGGUGGAGGCGGCAAGGCCCACGCCUUUCAGGAACACAUCUUCAAGAAGCCCACUUUCUGUGAUGUCUGCAACCACAUGAUCGUGGGAACAAACGCUAAGCACGGACUGCGCUGCAAGGCCUGUAAGAUGAGCAUCCACCACAAGUGCAUGGACGGCCUGGCAUCCCAGCGGUGCAUGGGCAAGCUGCCAAAAGGGUUUCGGCGUUACUACAGCUCCCCCUUGCUCAUUCAUGAACAAUUUGGAUGCAUUAAAGAAGUUAUGCCCAUUGCCUGUGGCAACAAGGUAGACCCCGUCUAUGAGACCCUCCGCUUCGGCACCUCCCUGGCCCAGAGAACAAAGAAGAGCAGCUCCGGCAGUGGCUCUGAUUCACCUCACAGAACCUCUACUUCAGAUCUUGUGGAGGUUCCUGAAGAAGCUGACGGAGGGUACGACCUACGGAAACGCAGCAACAGCGUGUUUACGUAUCCAGAAAAUGGCACUGACGAUUUCAGAGACCAAGCAAAGAACAUAAACCACCAGGGACCUCUUUCCAAAGACCCAUUACAGAUGAACACCUAUGUUGCCUUGUACAAAUUUGUACCACAGGAGACUGAAGAUUUGGAAAUGAGGCCAGGAGACAUGAUUACUCUUCUAGAAGACUCCAAUGAAGACUGGUGGAAAGGGAAAAUUCAAGACAGGAUUGGCUUCUUUCCAGCCAACUUUGUUCAGAGAGUACAACAAAAUGAGAAGAUUUUUAGAUGUGUUAGAACCUUCAUUGGGUGUAAGGAACAGGGGCAGAUAACACUGAAAGAGAAUCAGAUCUGUGUGACUUCUGAAGAAGAGCAAGACGGCUUUAUCAGAGUCCUCAGUGGAAAGAAGAGAGGCCUCGUCCCCCUCGAUGUCCUAGAAGACAUCUGAUUGCUGGCCGCUCCUCCUUCUGCAGUAGGCAAGCUCUGCUGCGAUGCCUCAUCUCACACUGUGUCAACCCAGAGGAGCUGCCGCACUGACCCGGCCACCCAGGAAACAGUGAGACAAGACUCAAGGAUCUGAGACUGUGGACGAACAGCCACAAGACAGAGGGCCCAUCGCACAGCAUAUCCAGGCUGCCCAAGGAGGGGAUGAAGCUGAGAGAGUCGGCUGGCAGAGCGGAGCGCCAUACUCAGCAGGGGCAGCAGGGCAGCAACCACAGCUGUCCGCCAGGACUCAACUCCCGCCCUGUCUGUGUGGUGUAAGUUAACCUGCUGGAAUGUGCCCCAAGUUUGCAGUGCGGCCCCAGUGUGAGGCUCAGAUCCAUGCAGCCAAGUGUGAUUCUGGUUCCAGACCUUUGUCCCCAGCCCCAACCAAUCAGCAUCAUCAUAUUUGAGACCCCAAGCAGUCUCUCAGCAGAGCAUCAGGAAGUCCUACUUCCUAGCCCCCAACAUUCCAGUGUACCCCUCAGGCCCCCUAACUUUGUGAUUGCGCUGUCUCUUCUGUCCUCUGAGUAAAUCCUGGUGGUGUGCAUUAGAUGUGAGGACUAAGGUGACGUGGCACUAACUGCAAAGACCUAUCUGCCCAAAGAUGGCUGAUGGGCACACCCUCCUGCUGCUCUAGUUACUGACAGAGGUAACAGAACAAGAUACGAGGCAUAGAUACAAAGGGCGACGUCGGGGGAAGAUGGAGCAAAGAGCCCUUAUUUAUUGAAGGUUAUACAGCCCCUUCAGUUAUGAAGGGCUUUCCCCAAGGCGAUGGAGCUAGGUAGGAGAAGGUGGGAAAAAGUCUCGAUAAUGAGCUCCAUUUUUAUGUUACAUGCUCUGUGCUGGGGAGCAGGCAGCAUUUUUCCCUCAUGCCAUCAGGUAGGACUCCAUUUUGGAGGUUGAGCCCAACUUACAGGGAACCAGAAACAUGGAGGAGAAUGAAAAACAGCAUCUUAGGAGAAAAGUAGCCAAAUUGGAAUCCAUUCUUCUUUAGGGCAGUAUAUUAUACCCUAGCAGAGGUAAAAUGGGAAAGAAUCCUUAAUGCUUCAUCCCUCUGAAAGCAGAGGAACUUAGGGCCUAUUUGGCAUCAACUAGGGGAAUCUCUAUUACUCUGUACUUAUACUAAUGUUUACAAGAAUGCAAUAUACUGUGAUGCCUUCCUCCUCAAGCCUCCUCCUGGCAUUCAAACUUGCAUCCUAUUAGUCAUUAAUACAGUUAAACUGCAAUUCACAGUGACCUUGGAAUCAAUGUCAGUUUGGUUUAUUUUGUUACAGAGCAAUAAAAUCAUUAGAAAAAUUGGUUUUGAAAAGACUUAAGUGGAUGCAUCUGUGCAUGUAAACGUUAUUUGCCAAACCAAAGCAUCAUUAGUCGUCAUUUAUUUCUUUUGUUACUGUUCAGUAUGAAGUUGGGAGCUGAGACGGGGUGGCUGCUGGUUUCACAGUAGUUUGGAUGCCUUACUCUCAUUUUAAAGCCAGCAUCCAGAAUUUCCUCCCUCUCUGACACAAUGUGCAAAACUGAAUGUACAGAGUCAAGAUGGAUUCUUUGAGAGCCAGAAUGAAAGAUAUGACUGCUAUUCUAUAAAAUAUAAUGCCAGAGUAUAAACGCUCUUUGCCUCUAAUUCAAUAUUCCAUUUAAUAAAGAUAACACAGUGGCCAGAAAGAGCAUAGAAAAACAUGUGUCGCGAUCUCUUCUUUCUGGUGGAAUAUCCACUGAAGCUUUUGGAUACAGUGAUGUCACAUCCUAUGCAAGUUUAAUUUGCACUAAAAAAUCAGUUUGCCUUUUGAAGUUGAACAGAAGGAGGCUGUGGUAGCCAGCCUCCAAGCUGAUCCUCCAAUGAUCCCUGCCUCCUGAUAUCCUCGCCUUUGUGUAACUCCGUUCCACAUGGAGUCAGGGCUGGUCUUACAUGACCAAUAGAAUACGGCGAAAGUGAUACUGCACCACAUCUGAUGCUAGGUCACAAAAAUCCUUGCAGCUUCUGCCUUAAUCGUUUGGAACACUCAGCCUUGAAACCCUGAGCCACCAUGUUAAGUUUAUCUCCUAUCAGGCCACCAUGGAGGAGAGACCCAGUGGAGAGACCGCACAUUUCUGUGGCUAAGCGCCCAGAUAUCACCAAGCAGAAAUCGUCCUGCUGAGUCCUGCCCAAGUUCUAGAUUUAUGAGAAGAUAAAUAUGGUUUGUUUUUUUAAAAUCACUAAGUUUUGGAGUGAUUUGUUAUACAGAAAUAGAUAACUGAAAGAGGGACUUUGUAAGUGUGCCAGCGUUAGAAAGGAGAAAAAAUACUCUUUCUGCACAGCCAGGCCCAACAGUUUUUGCAAACAUCAGGUAUUGGAAGGUGCUUAACCCUCCAAAUGCAAGAUGUAUAGCAUUCCUUAAAGAUCUGGAGUCAUCCAGAUAUCAAAGAAAGAGCAAGAUGUUCCUCAAAGCGCAGAUUGCCAUAAUGCUUACACACACACAGAAAUUUUAGGAGCCAUAGUUCUGUUUCUCCUCCUGCCUGUCUGCAGAAAGGGCAAGAACAGCGAUUGCUAUUACCUACCAAAGUCUUGAAGGUUUCCAAGACUCAAGAAAUGUCUGGAAGAAAGGCUUUCAGAAUGGAGAUGAGAUGAAGACCUUAGGAUACAGACUCUGGUGAGGGGACAGGGAAGGAGGGGAAAGUGCUAAUAUGAAGAAGAAAAAAGGUAUCUGGGGGGAUAUUCUUCAUAGUCUGAGGGAACAGCCUUGUACCCGCUCACCUCCUGCCCCUGCCUCCAGCUAAGGGAUGGCACAUAUCCAGCUAAACCAGGAGAGCUGUGCCCUAUACUUUACUACCAGUGCUGUAGGACUUGGAUUCUAUCAUGAUGAAUUUGAAAUUAAUAACUCAUUGAACUUUCCUCUGUGCUCCAGAAGAUGAAGAAUAAAACUUCUUUCACCCCCAUCAUUUGUAGACAUCUGAAUCACCUUUAAUGUGAGCAGUGGGGCUGCAAAGAGAGCCUAUGUGUAGAGGUCCAACUGGCUACCAGCACAGUUGAUUUCACAGGCCACUUUUCCUGCCCAACUCUACAUGACAAACACACACACCCACAUGCACACACACUCCCAUCGAGAGGAAGAGUCCAGGAUCUGGGCUACAUAUUGAAAGCAUCUAGUAGGCUGACACAUGGUAGGAGCUUAUCAGAGCUAGUCCUCUUUGCUAUUAAAGGGAGAAAAAUAAAAUCAGUUGGAAGAUCACAACACAUGUAAAUAGCCUGGUGCCAAGUACUGCUAAAAGGCAGGAAAACAUCUUGGAAGUUCAAAAGCUAGUCCAGGCCACUGGCUGCUCCAAGGAGAAGAGAGCCAGGAAGGAAACAUACUAUUGGCCCCAGCCUAGAGCCAGGCCCAAGCAGCUGUGAAAAAGUGUUGUGUGUUCAAAAAGAAGCUUAGAUUCAAUAAAGUGAGCCAGACUUUUUCAAUCAAGACUUCUCAGAGCCUUUAAUUUGCUAAUUUUGAAGGUGAAUCUGUAAAAGGGGAUUUAAAACUAUGGAACACCUAUUAGCAUGAACUAGAACACACCAAGGAACGUAGUUUGGAAAAUACUGCGGUAGAGAACUCUCAUAUAAUGUGGGGUCUGCCUAAGAGCCCCAGUGCUCCCUGAUGGCCCCUCUCUUUCUGCAUCUCACUAGGAUACCUGUGAAGUCUUGAAAAGGACAAAAGUGCACAAUCAUAGUAAAAAUGAAGGCUGAAAGACAAUCUACUCUUGAAUCUGUAGAGAAUAGGAGAAAGUUGGGACCUCUGUCCCCAAGGGAUGGAAAACUCAGGAGUAAGAGUAGCUUUAUUGUGUUCCCAUAGCUUUAGCAAAUACUGACCAGCAGGGCGUAGGCUGGUAUAAAUCUGAGAGUAAAAGAAAGUUCAGCAUCGCCCAAAAUAGUAGCCCCGUGAAACUGAGUGAGCAGGUGUGCUCCACAGUUUUAUCCCAAAACAAAAGCCCUUACAAACAACUCGGACAAAAAAAUAAAACUAGUUUAAUGACAUCCUCUAACAAUCUGUUCACUUUUGCUCAGUUGCCAUUCUGUUGUGUGUUUUGUACAACACCUGGUGUUUUUGACCCUUGGAACAUGUUUUUUCUUAGCUUCCAAUAAGGAAAUUUAAAUAGUCCUCAAUCUUCCUGUGGGUAAUGGAAACUUUUAACUGUACCUUGAAAUUUUAGCCAGAUGAUAGCAAUUUAUUUUAGAGCUCCUUUUUAAAAAUGAAAAAGUGGCUGAUUUUUUUAUUAUCUCAUCAUCAAGUUUAAACAGCUAUUGAAAAACUCCCAUGUCUUCAUGGAAGUCAGGAUGUACUAAAGCCCCGAAAAUAUACCUUAGAAAAGUAUAAUACCUAUUUCCAAGAAAAAUGGUGGAUCAUCUUCAGAUUUCCUCCACUGGCCUCAUUUACUCAGUUUCUCAGAUUACUCACCUGAUCCCAUCUUUUUUUAUGCAUGGCAAUAUUUUUCUUUGUCUAUCUUCUCUUUUUAAACUAGCUUCUUGAAAUUAUGUACUUGGUUCAUUUACUUUCAUUCCUUAUUAAGGUGAAAAAAAAAAUCAUCCAAGGUUAUGACUUUUCCUCUGAGUUCAGCUUUGACUGUAUUAAAGUUUUCCCAUUUUCAUUCAUUUCUAAAUACUCUGUAAUUACAGUUUUUAUUUUUUUCUUAGAUUUUUUAAUUUCAUGUGUGUGUGUGAUUAAAACCAUUGUGCAUUGUGGUCAGAAAAUACAGUUCAUAUGGCUUCUGCUUGAGGAAUUGAUUAGCAUUUUAUUUUGUGCCCUAAAAUACCAGUUAUCUUUAUAAAUGUUCAAAGAAUUCGGCAAAAAAGAAAAGUUAUGUCUGCAGUGUAUAAAGUUAAAUAUGU